AUUGAAGCAUGCAGUUAGCCAGCUUUCAAAUGUUUCAUUUUGGGGCUUUUGAUAUUAUUUUACGUUGAUAACUGGUAUAAUAAUUCAGUUAAGAUAUCAAUUCAUACUUUUCUGUAAAAAAUUACAUCUUCAGUUUGUCAGCGCUGUCAGAGUAUUUAAGACUUACGAGUGAGCUUUGUUAUUAUGUUUGCCUGGCGUUGCUUGUAGAAACAUCCAAUCAGGUCGUUUCAUUGUGUAGAGAGAAUUGACAAUUGGUAGGAGCUGAAAAGGCCGACGCGACUACGUUGGCGUAUGAGGGGUAUUUUCCCGAACAAUUUCAGCUGAUGAAAACAUCGGCAAGAAUAAACCGUAAUUCCCAUCAUCGAUUGUAGCGAGAUGUAAAUCUAUGUUGUAUUCAUCAAAGAAGAGUUAUGCUUCCACCGUUGUCUUGCCAAGCUAUGAGCAUUGAAGUACAUGUUCCUCCUACCCGUGUUUCGUUCAGUUGUGGGCAAAGCUCAAUGCCUGGUCUUGUGAAUCAGAGAUUAAAGCGGAAAUUUAACGAAGUAGAUGAAAUUGAAGGUCGCGAUGGCAUUCAUUACUGUGUGCAGCGACAGUCUGUCCUUAACAUUUCAAUAUGCAAAUUACAGAUGAGUCGCACGUUGAUUGAACCAUGUUUGCGACGCUCCGUUCUUAUAUGUAAUACUUUGCGACAAAUUGAGAAGGAGCUCAGGUCAGAGGGCAAAGUUCAUGAUUGCGUGAGACUCACAAAUCUAAUUGCUGCAAACCAAUCUGAAAAUGAGAAUAACGAACAAAAUGAGGUGAACUCUGAAUCGCGCAUAGGUGAGGACGGUAUAUGUCAUAUCGUGAAAAAAGAUGCAAUUGGCGCCCUCAAUCUAUGCAAACGAACUGAAAAUGUGUGUGCGACCGAGGCUCAUGAAAACAGGACUUUGUCUUCGAAUAGGUCAAAUAACUCUCUUUUGAGCGCAACUCAGCCAAAUAAUCUAGUAAAACCUUUACAGACAAUCAGCGAAUCACAGUCCCUUAAACACCGGGAGGUUAACGGUGAUACAGUGAUGAACACUGCUGAUCAACUCUUGCCAGAUGAUUUCUUCCGUGAUAUUGAUAUCACACAAUAUGACUAUGAUGACAUCACAGCAUCGGUUAUACCAAACUCCAAAUCAACAAAUCCAGUGUGUACCACCACCGAGGAUUUACUCAAAUCUAUUUGCCUCGACUUGAGUCCAUUCAGUUUAGAAACACCAAUAUCUCAAGGACUUUGUCGGACUGACCUUGCCGACGAGCUUGACCAGAUCAUGCAUGUGCUUGUGGAUGUUGGAAUGUGAAAAAACAAAUCACAGAUACAACGCAAAUCCUUUAAAGACAUUAAAGACACAAAGUAUCCUAAAAUAUAUUUCCUAAUCAAGAUAAUAUAAGAGUUUUAUAAGUCUUUUUGGUAUUCCGUCUAAUUUCAUAAAGAAAAAAAAAAGAGAGAAAUGUAAAUGAAUGUAAAUAGAAUAGAGAUUAAGAUAUCAUGAUAUAUCAUAUUUUUUAUCUUUGUAAGUUUAUACAUUUUUCCUUGAACGAAGAGAGUUUUGUAAAACCACAGAGGGAAGUUUAGUUAAAAGAAUAUACUUAAAAAGAGUUUAAACGUUUAUUAACUUGACUGCUCCUGUUCAGUGGCAUGACUAGUUGAAUAUCUCAUUUUAUCUACUAAAUGCCUAAAUUCUUCCUGUGAAAUUUUAAAUUAAAAACAAUUGCCAGGGAGAAACCAAUUUUGUGGUGAUUUUAAUUAAGUAAGCUAAACUGAAAUUUAAUUCUGGAUUUUUAUAAAAUUAUUGCCAGAAUAUAUAUUGAUAAGCUGGGAUUGUUUUAUUUAUUAUAAAUUUAUUAUUAUUGUUUUUUUUUUAAUUAACUGCACUGAAUUUAUACCUUCUUCCUGUAUUGUAUUAAAAAAUUUGUGACCAUUCCUUCACAGUUCAGCUUAUUGGUCAACAUUUAUCAAGUUCAAGAUUUAAAAGUUCUUUCAAUAGCUGUUGUGCUACCAUUGGAAGCUGUCUGGUCUGCAUUCAAUGAUAAUUUUAUUUCUGAAGUUUAAGGGGACGUACAUUCUUUAUUUAGAUUGGUUACUGAUUAGGCAAAGGCUAAGUUCCGACAUUAGGUUGCUUUCAAUUGCAUGACGACAAUAGGACGUAGAAUGUAAAAGUCAUCUGCGCAUGUUAAGUUCUCGUCGUGUGGAUUCUACGAUGCAAUUUGGCCAAAUCUAUGUAUGCAGAGAACGUAGGACACCCAGUAGGACAGUCACGCAUGAUUGAUUCCGUUCUAGCGUCGUGUCGUCGCAUAAAUUGAAAGCUCCCUGCUAUAAAGUGUGGCUGGAACCUACUGUCACAUUUUUAAUAUGGUUACAAUAUAAUUGUUGAUUAAUUUAUGGGAGAAUGGGAAACAAGAGGGGGACAGGAUAUUUAUGAUCUUAUCAUUUAGGCCAAGGAAAACCAAAGUGAAUUGUCAUCAGUGAUCAAAAUUGCAAAUUUUAAUUAUAAUUAAUUCUAUUUAGUUAUAGACAGCAUCAGUGAAAGGUUUAAAAAAUAAUCUUUUGAUUUGUAUUGGUGCUUUUUGGGCUUAAUUCUCACUAUGUGCUUAGAGAUUAAAGUUAUAUUUUUAGUUGUAAAGUAGACUGAGGGAAGCACCUCUAUUACAUAGUAAGCUGAUGUACCCCCGGAAAUUUCUAUCUUUUUCCUUUGCAGUUCAAAUAUCUCAAAUGAAUUAAUCAAUUUACCACCUAAUGGCUGCAAAAUAUAGAAUUUUAAAUAUAAAGAAGUAAAUUAAAUUUGUGAUAUAGUUUUUUUUAUCUUAAAAUUCUGUGUAAUAACUUCAGUUUCCUCUUCGAAAAAGCUGCGAGAAAACAUCAGUAAUUAAUUUGUUGUUUUUAUAAUUGAACAUUUUAAGAUUUAAAAAAAUUAAUUCACAAUGAAAACUAUUUAUGUAUUUAUUUAAUAAACAAACAUGAAUAUUCAUGAUUAAAAUUAUGCAUAUGAUGAAUAUUCAUAAUGUACAGUAUUUAUGAAUGGAUGGGGGAAUAUUUUGAUAAAGAGUCGUUGAGGUAUGUAGUAAGUUAUAUAGCUGUAUAACUAGAGAAUUUUAUAUGUAUUUUAUCAAUUUGUGUAUUUUUUAUACACGUUUUAUUCUUUACAUGUCAUAAUGUAGGUAAUAUACAAGAUUUGUACUCAUUUGUUUUUAAAAAUGUCACCAUCCCAUGAAAACAAAUAAUAGAAGCAAAGUUGAUAAUUUGAUUGUAAUAUGUGGUUGUCUAUUAUUGAGACAAUCUCAGCAAACCGCCAAAGAGAAUGAAUGCCUACAGAAAGGUGGUCUUAUUCUCUAAUUUAACCAUUUUCUGUUGAAUUUUUUAUGGUAUGAAUUUACUGUAAAAAAUUACUACUUUUGUGGGACAUAAUCUAUGUCCACCACAAUCUAAAUCUGUUCAAUCCAAAUUCGAUCACCCGUACAAUUCAGUUUUUAAAUAUUAUUAAAUCCCUUCUUACCCACCGCAAAUUUCACUAUGCUGGGGAACGGAAACAAAAAAUCAUUGCUUGGACAAUUCAGCAUUACAAUGCUGUGUUAUCCAUCUACCGACCUAAGAUACUCAGCUCAUUAAAUAUACACAAUCUUGUUGCCAUGACAACUGCUAUUCAAUUUUUGUUGAAAUUUGGAAAGAGGCAUUUAAUGACAUGGUUCUAUCCAUGUUGUUUUGCCUUUAAAAGCAUUGAGUUUAAGAAGUAGAUUAUUAUUCUUAUAAAUAUUCUAUUGAAUAAAUCAGGAAAAAUUAUAAUGAUGAUAUUGAUGUGAAUGAAAAAUUAAUAUCUGUGGGAUAAAACAAAUGUAAAUUAUAUUUUAAAAGAUUAUCACAACAAAAAGAAUAUAUUAAAACAGCUUGUAUGCAUCAUAACUUUUUUCCCAAUUUUUGAAUGAUAUAUACGCCUUUUACGUUCUUAGUGUGAAAGCACCGACAUUUGCUUACUUUCACAAUGCUAGUUCAUAUAAACGUUUAAUUUAUUCAAAGAUUGGCACUAUUGUAGUCAGGAUUGAUCCUGCAUAUGGCAACACUAAUGAGUUAACAAUUUGUCAUGGGUCAGCGCAUUUGUCACAGUUCAAUGGAUUUGUCACGGGUCAAUGACUCCUAGGGUAAAAUCAAUAAUUAUUAGAAUUCCAUACAUGAGGAUUUGCAUAGAAUAGAAAAGAGCAUGAUCUCAGAUUAGUAUCGAAUGAUGUAAGUCAUGAGAAACAACAGAUGACAACUCCUGCAAUAUAUUAAGAAUUCUUUUAAUUUGUUUAUGGAUUUAACAAAAUAAAUGUACAUUUACAGAGAUUUAUAAAUAUGUGAAUGAGGUUUUUCAUUUACAAUGCUGCAAAAUAUCAAUUAAAAAAUGAAUCAUUUAAUGUUAAAUUAAUUAUAAAAAACCUCAUAUAAUUGAUUGUUAAUAUUUUUUUUUAAAUCCUGAUUAUCAAGACUUAAAUGUUUUCAGUUAUGUCUGAUUUCAACAUAAAAAAUGUUCCUAUAGUAUCCAGAUUUUAAAUAGGUACAAAAGAGGCUAACUAUUUGUGGAUAUUUCCAUAGUAAUAUUAUACAAAUAUUAUCAACAUUGACUAUAAUUUUUUAAGAUGAUAAAGUUGCAUUAUGUCUGUAUUGAAUAUGAAUUCAAAUGCACCUUCACAUAAAAAAAAUACAAUAUAGGGCCCCAAGACUUUCAUUUAAAUAUUUUCUUUCAAAUACACAGAAAUUGUGAAGACAAUGAAAACUGCUUGCCAAGGUGUUAUAUUGGCGAGUGAAGUAUUCAGUUUUACAAUUAAUUGUCCGUAUUUAAAAGUCUAAUUUUUAGACUUCAGUUUUGUAUAUGUUGUAUAUUCUGUUUGAAUUUCAGAUUAAAUUAAAAAAGAAAAAGAAAUAUAAA